UCUCCCGCACCGGUUGUCAGCCAUGAGCAACACGACCAUUGGCUUGGUGGACCCCAAACUGGAGGACACGUCGGUGGCGGCGUUUAUCUCGUCGUUGACGCUCAAUGGUAGUGUGGCGGUGAUCUGCCUCAUUGCCUUCUCGGUGGUACGGAAAAAGUUCCCCACGGUGUAUGAUCCGCGGCGACGGCUCCUUGGCGUUGACCCCAACGUUUUGGCGGCCACGCCUCCGCUGACCGAAUCGCUCUUUGGGUGGAUCUUCCAGGUCCUGCGGAUGGAAGACUCGGUCAUGCUCGAGUCGGUCGGCCUCGACGGCGUGAUGUACAUCAAGUUUUUGGAGACGGCGACCAAGUUCUUCUGCGCAGCGUGCGUGGUCGGGCUCGGCAUUCUCAUGCCGAUCAACUUUUCGGCUGACCCGCCCGAGGACAAAAAGCAGCAGGGCCUGGACAAGGCGUCGAUGGCCAACGUCGAUCCGAACCAGAAGAACCUGCUGUGGGCGCACACGCUUGCGGUUUGGUUCUUCACGCUCCUGCUCUUCUACUUUCUCAACAAGAUGUACAAGUUCUACUACGCGCAGCGGAUCAAGUUUCUGGUGGCACGGCGACCUGAGUGGUACUCUGUGCUGGUGCAAGAUGUGCCCGAGAACAAGCGCGAUGCAGCGAGUCUCGAGGCCUUCUUCCGCAAGCGGUACGGCGACGAGGUGUACUCGGUCAUGAUGGCACACGAGACGACCGCACUCGACAAGCUGGUGAAGGAGCGCGAAGAGGUGGUGCGCAAGCUCGAGAACGCGCACUUUACCCACCUCAAAAAGGAGGAGCGGCCACAGCACCGCCAGAUGGGUGGGAUUCUGGGUAAGAUCUGCUGCUGCUGCGGCUCCAAGGUCGACUCGAUUGAUUACUACACCGAGGAGCUGGAGCGGCUGAACGCAGAGAUUUUGGAGGAGCAGGCUGCCGAGCACAAGGUUACGCCUUCAGGCUUUGUUUCGUUCCGAUCGCUGUCUGCGGCGGUGUCUGCGGUGCAAACGCUGCAGACGGAGGACCCGAUGCACUGGACACUGGAGCGCGCACCCGCGCCCAUCGACGUCUACUGGCCCAGCCUGGGUAUGGACGGGCGGAAGCGCAAGGCGCAGGGCCUGAUCAUUUCGGUCCUCGUCUUUUUCCUGGUGGUCUUUUGGGCCAUUCCGGUGUCUGCGCUGGCGGUGAUGGCCAACUUUAACAAGUUGGCCGAGACGUUCCCGGUCCUCGAGCCGGUCAUCACGUUUAGCCCUGCGCUCAUUGGGUUUGUGCAGGCGCUUGUGCCGACGAUCCUGCUGUUGGUCUUUAUGAGCUUGCUGCCAAAGAUUCUGUUGACGUUCGGCAAGAAGGAGGGCAUCGCGUCCAACGCCGAGCUGCAAAAGUCGGUCAUGAUCCGGUUCUUCACCUUUCAGCUCUUCAAUGUGCUCCUUGUGGUGACGCUCGCUGGCUCGUUCCUUGGCGUGGCGUCUGAGCUCGCCGAGGGCCCAUUCACGGUCAUCUCGCUGCUGGGGUCGUCGAUUCCGGCCGUGGCCAACUUUUACGUGGCGUACGUGCUGCUCCAAGCACUGUCGGGCUUCCCACUUGAGCUGCUGCGGCCUGUGCCACUCAUUCUCGGCGAGCUGAAGCGGCGACGGGCACUGACGGCGUACCAGGAGCGGUCUGCGUGGCACCCUGGUGAGCUUUUCUACGGCGGCGAGAUUGCGAAGCAUCUUGUUGUCUUCUACAUUGGGAUCAUUUUCUCGUUUAUCGCGCCUGUGGUCCUCCCCGUCACGGCACUGUACUUUGGGCUCGGUCUACUCGUGCGUCGCCAUCAUGUGGCUUACGUGUAUGUGGCGCCGUUCGAGGCCGGCGGCUCGUUCUGGCCGCGGAUGUUCAACCGGAUUCUUGCGGGCGCGGUCAUGUCGCAGCUGACGGCAAUGGGCAUCCUCUCCAUCAAGGAGUCGCCGCUCGGCUCGCUCAUCAUCCCGCUCCCGAUCAUGACGCUCAUCUUUGCGCGGUACGCGCGGCGGGCGUAUGAAACGCCGACCCAAUUUGCGCCGCUCGGCAUCACAGCUGACGUCGACAACGGAAUCGAUGCGGUCUCGGAGUCGACUGGGCUCGUUGUGGCUACCCCCGACCGGACCAAGGACCUGCUUGACUUUACGUUCCUGGACAACCAGUACGUGCAGCCGUCGGUCAACGCGCCUCCAGUGCCACCGUCGAUCAUCGGCGACGAGGCUGCUGUCGACGAGCUCCUCAAACCACACUUUGGGUGCAGGACGGCGGCGAAGGCGGCGCUGGCGCAAGCGAUGGCGCAGGCAGCGUUGCGGCCGAUGCUGGCGCGCCACCUCGUACCACCGGUGCGGGCAACGCGAACCACAUCACUCUCGACAGGUCGGCGCCGGUGGUCGUUGCAGAGUCGUCGAGCUCGGGCGAGUCGGUCUCGUCCACGUCGUCGUCUUCGGUGGCGUCGUGAGCAGCGCUUACUCGAGCGGGAUCUCGCCGCGAAAGACGGCGUCGGCGAUCUCGGCAUAUCGCUUGGAGGUAAAUGAAUAUGCUGGGGCAUUGGAUGGCUUGCUGGGGUAAAAUGCACCGGGGCCGG